CUGCAUCAUAUUCACAAUAUCAUCCAUCUAAAGGUUAUUGGUGGGAAUUCAAGGAUAAUGAAAAAACAGAAAAAAUAAAAGCUAAGGAAGAGCCAGGAUCUGUUUUUCAACGACGUAGAGUAGAUGUUCUCCUUACAGAACUUGCAAAGAAAUUUCCACCAAAAUUACCUUCACCACCACAACUGGAGAAACAGACAACUGAAGAAGCUGUAAAAGUAGAGCCUAAAGUUGAAGUCAAAACUGAAAAAGUAGAUACCUCUGCAACAACAGUAGUUGCCACUACAACCACAGCAACAGUAACUACUGCAGCAUUGGGAGCAGCAAUAGUAACAACAGUGAAUGCAAUUCCUCCUCCUCCAACUACUACUGCAGCUGCAUCUGCAGUUCAACGUACAGCUAUGAAACCUCCACCAGAGAAAAAGCCACGCUUGUUAUGAAUUUUUAAACUGCUUAAAGAUAGUUCUUCAAUAAAAUAUUGAUAACUUUUUAUUAAAAGAUAUUGUCUAUAUCAUGCAUGAUGAUUCAGUUAAUUUCUGCUUUAUGGCAAAAUCAUGUAAUUACUAUGUUAUGUUGUGACUUGGCAGUUGUUCCACACAUUAUUAAGUACGUUACAAAAUGUGAUUUAGCACUAAAUUUCUAUAGGAGCAGAAAUUUGGAAGAUUUAGUGCCAAAUCAAGCAAUUUAUAUGACUGUAAAACAAGCUGAAAUGAAGAAGAGGAAAUAAAAAUUUUAAAAGUGUGAUGUCAGCAAGUAUUGAUAUGAGUAUGUUGAUUUAGAUUGCUAUGAACAUUAUUUGUAUAGGCAUGUUAAAUUUUGGUUUUUUAUGCAUUUUUAGUUUGAAAUGACUGUAAAGCAAGGCUAAUAUUUCUGUGCACAUGGAUUCACUGGUUUCCUUGAAGGUUCGCCACUUUUUCAGAUGGCACAGACUCUCCUUCACCAUCGAUAGACAGGCUUGUAUCAUCGAUAAGCAAAGUGGGCAUUGUUUAUUGAUUACAAAGUUUUCAAAUAAAUAAAAUUCAA